GAUAUUAGGGUUCCAAAUAAUUUAAAAAUAAUAUCGAAGUUUCCUUUUCAUAGUCCGAGAAAUUUUCAGAGAUUCGAUACCGAUGAAAUUUUGAUUCACGUGUUGUCUUAACUUUCUCUCUCAUUUUCUGAAAAAAUUUAGAGGGAGGAAGUUCGAUAAUCGGUAUAGCUGUCGCCGUUUGUUUGUUUGUAUUAGUGUCCGGAACUGUAGUUCUCAGUUUACGCGAAAAUUUAUAUGUAGCGAGAGAAAUUAGUUGGUGCCAUUUGGUUUGGUUUCAAUUUCAUCAUCUGAAAAAAAAAAAUUUGAAAAUUGAAAAACAAUAUGGCUGUUUGCGUGAAAGAAUCUUAGCAUGAUAGAAAUGGAUGAAGGAAUGGAGGUAUACACAAUGAAGGCGUUUAAGGUGGAAGAAUUUGUAUUUGAUAUUGAUUAUGAAUUUGAUGCGGCUCAGUACUUUGAUUUCUCUCAACCAGAAACUUCAGAAGAUACUAUGGAAGCGGAACGCUGGUUCGAAUCGGCUGCAGGUUGCCCCCCUUCACCUUUUAUUUCCAAGUCAAAGUGUAGAUAUCAUAUCCCUGAGGAUAUGGGAAGCGACUAUUGUGAUUCUAGAAACAUGAGUUCUGUAGGACUGGAUUUCUGUAAUGACAUUCACCAAGAUAUUCCGAAAUUCAAAACCAAGUCUGUGGUCAAGUCGUCUCUAUCAAGGAGUUCAACUUUAAUGAAACCCACAGCAAGUUAUUUGGCAAAGCACAGUCAACCUCAAGAAGUUAAUUCGCAGGAUAUUUUAAGAAGAAAAAUGGACAAGUGCUCACAAAAUUCUUCUUUCAUCGAGAACCUGGCUACCAAGAGACAAAAGCUGGAUGUUGGUUACUUAUGCAAGGUUUCUCAUCUGAAGCAUCAAACUCCUUUCUUACACAAGGUUUCUAACGAGGCUGGACUCCUUGGGGUUAGUUCAGUGCAUGCUAGAUCAAAAGUUACUAUUCCUAGAGAACCCAAUUUGAAAACUGCAAAUAGAGCACAAAGACAUAGGUUCAAGGUUAAUGCAGAGUCGACUGAACAUGUAAAAUCAAAUAAUUGUACUUUUAAAGCACGCCCCUUGAACAGAAAAAUUUUUGAAUCUCCUGCAUUGCCCCUCACCAAAAAGAGCACACUACCACUGACUGAGUGUCAAGAGUUUCAGCUGAGAACAUCUGAGAGGGCUAGGCAACAUGCACAUAGCAAUGUAGUGAACAGGAGUAAUUAUAAUUCUGUCUCACAAAAUGAAAACAAAUACUCUGAAAGACUGAGCCCUGUCAAUUCCCUAAAGGAAGAGAAAUUUGAAGUAACACAACAAAUUAAAUCUCAACCUUACAAUAAGCAGGAAUUUGAUCCCCCUGUGGAUAAAACAUUUUUGAAUAUGCCACCAAUCGAACUAUUUAAUAAGCUCUCCCUGGCAUCAGUUGACACUAACAUAAAACCCCAGUCAAAAUUGCCUCCUCCUUCAAAGGAGUUAAAAGAGAACACACAAAGCUCCUUCCAUCUGGAACAUGAGAUGCUAAAAGCAGUCAAGAAAAAUUCUCCGAGGUUUGGUUUUAACCAGUACCAAUGUGGGAGUGAAUCAACUGAAAAAGGGAUUACUGAAGGUGGAGCACGAUACAACAUAAACAGGAACUUGGAUAUACAUUGAGUUACUUGAAAAAGGCUUUUGAGAAAUGAGUUGGUCAUUUCAGGUGAGUUUUGAUACCCUUUGGACCCUAAAAAUCAUAGCAAAUAGCUGCACAUAACCGUUGCUUUUUUUUUUUUUUGGUUUUGUACAUUUUCUUACGGAGUAAUACUAUGUUUAUACACUUUUGAAUACAUAAAUGGGUACACAGAUACCUAAUUACAUAAUAACACAAAUUUGUUAACCCAUUUGUGUAUUCAAAAAUGUAUGCACAUAAUUUUAUUGUUCUUAUGCAUGAAAAAAACAAUGUAUAGCAUUUCUUCAAAAUUAUAGUUCAGCUUGUUGGCAUAGACAAUUGGAUUUUCAGAUUAUAAGUUUAUAACCAUAGGAUUGAUUGGCUGUGUCAUUAUUUUGACUCAUUUUUACA